AUGAAGUAUAGACACGCAAGUAAGGGAUCCAAACUACAGAGAUAUAAUCUACUUAAGAGUAAGAAGCAUGCCAGCUCGGGACAAUCUACCGAUAUGCAUACUAAGAGUCCCAUGUCUGGUGUACGUACGGAAGACCCCCUUCAACAUGAAACCAACACGGGGGAUGGAACGGCACAAGGAACCAACACACAGGAUGAUAAAAUAACCGAAUGCUUCUCCUCCUGCAAAAGUGUCACGGGUGUCCAAACCGAGGAAUGCAGCUGCUCCUGUUACUCACAUUUACAAAACAGUAUGCCGCCUGUAAUUUACAAAGCUCCACUGCCCGUGCGCCUAAAAGCGCCAAAAGGAAGAAUAGUACCGCUCAAUGGCCCAGACAUAAAAAUAGGGAAGUCACUUAUAGCUGCAUGCCCCAGAAGAAUAAGAGCAGAAAAGUUGUCGGAAAUGAAACAAAUUAUACGUAGAUAUUUAGGGAAAAAAAAAGAAUAUUUUCUCGAUGUGCAUGCUACUUACAGUGUAACAAAGAAACCAGAUGGCACCAAAAUGGGACAAGGAAAAGGAAUCAUCGAUUAUUUUGUUGCUAGAGUUCCAACAGGAAAAACAAUUUUCCACAUUCCUUCCAUCAGUCCGUUUAAUAGCUUAGGAUUUGAAGACCCGGUUUAUAAAGUUUUAAAAAAAGCAGCAGCUAAAGUAGGCAUUCCUUGUGUAUUUAGGACACAAAAUAAUAUAUUUCGAAUCAAUAAUGUAAAAUAUAUUUCCCAAAAGAAAGUCGCCGCUGACCAAAUGAUACAGUUUAAUCAGUACAGAUCAAAGUUGUUUCAGAGGGGCGAAUAA